AGUUUCCGAAUCCCAAGUCAAAAGUUUCAACUCUACCGCUCCACGCUACUGUCAGACUAGCUAAUCAUAGCUACCGUUUUGAUCUCCGGCAACUAAAAUGUCUUCCUUCACAUUUAAAAUGAUGGCCGGAUCUCUGCCGCCGGUGACGGGAUCUAAUGCCAAAGGGCCAGCUGCUGCUUCUGUCAAACGACCUACCAUUCCUCUUCAGGUGAGGGUUAAAGAACUUCAAAAGUUAGAAUCAUCGGAGAAAACAUCUGUGAAUGUCUCGAGAAGAGAUCUAGCAUUGUGUUUAACCGCUGCAUCUAUUGGUGCUGCCACUCUAUCCUUACCUCAGCCUGCUGAAGCCCGCGUUAGUAGAAUCGAGAUCAAAAAGAUGAUAUUGGAAAAAUUCAAGAUGCUUAGAGAAAAAGUUGGGUUGUCAAAACCAGAAACAGAAGAAACCGAAAAGCAACCCUCACAAGAAACAGAAGAAACCGAAAACCAGAAACCAGCUCCUCCACCAAAAGCAGAACAAGAAAUCCCGGCUCCACCUGUACCAUCACUUCCCAAACUUCCUGAAAUUCCUGUUCCACCGGUACCAUCACUUCCUAAACUACACAACGACCAGAUGAAACAUGUUGUGGAAGCCCCCACGCUCCCAUAGCAUUUGUUUCGAAAACAGUGCAUGUUAUGCGGUUAUUGUAGCUUGACUUUGUUUUUCAUGUUUAAUUUGGUGACUGAUCUUAGGGGGAAUUUGACAAUUAUUUGUAUCGAUAGAGCAACAACAAUAAGUGUUUCUCUGCAGGUCUACUUCAAGUUGUUGAGAUCCAAGGUGAUGAUAUCAUGAAUGAGAAUUUGCCUUCCUUCUCAAAA